UUGAAGACGUACCAAACCAUCUUAGUGCUUGUUAAAAAUGAACAAGUGUAAAGUGUCAUUUAAAAUCAUUUCAUCUCAAAAUAAUUGACGAAUAUGGGUCGCAAAUGUCGCGUGGAAAGCUGUAGUUCUGACUCGAACCGUGCUGAAGAUACGGGUGUGACAUUUCACAAGAUGCCUCUUCAUAACGACCUGCGCCCCAAAUGGAUCUCGCUUUGUCGCAUUCCCGAGGACAAGAAAAGCGUAAAAGUCAUCUAUGUUUGCUCCCGACAUUUCUUGCGAGCUGACUUUUGCAACUUCAAAGGCAAAAGGUACAUGCUUAAGCACGGUGUGUUACCAAGUGUGUUUCCUUGGGAUAAGUCAAAAUUGGAAGCCAUAAAAGCCAAAGCGGUCAUCAAAAAGGAAACGAACUUGAACAUUGAGAGACCGAGGAAAGGGAAAAACGCAAUGGGAUUCAGAGUUGAAGAAAGUAACAUUAAAAUUGACACUAAAUUGAAUGAGAAGGCAGAAUGGAGCGAUUUUGUAGUAAAACAGGAAGAAACAGAGGAAAAUGAAGAAGUAAACGACUUUGAAGAGCGGCUGAAGAUAGCCCAGACUUCAGCUGCUAAAACAGAUGAAGCAAGUGUAGGAAGCUCCAGUCACAUAAAUUUCACUAUUAAUUCUCGGUUAGAGGUGUUAGACAAUAAUAGCUUUUGGUAUCGCACUAAAAUACCCAAAGUUGACUAUGAGCAGAAUGAAAUUGUGAUUAAUUAUGAGAAGUUCUCCAACAAGUAUAACGAGUGGAUACCAAUGCCGUGAACGAUCGAAAUGGAUGUGCAAAAAGCGUCCUAAAAUAUUGUAGGUUUGAAAAUAUACCCAGGAAACAGUGUAUCUCUCAUAUCGUGUUUCAAACCCU